UGAUUUGCGCCAAUGUUGAGCCAAAUGAAGAAGUGGGGGUGGUUGUGACCCGAGGAUGAGUAUGCUUUUUUUUCCCAUGUGACGUGAACGCCUUUCGAGCGCCCGCCGGGAAGAGGCGCUCGCCUGGUACGGAAGCUCGCGGUGGCACUCAGACGCCGGACGCCGCGCCGUCGACAAGGCGAAAUAGCCGAGCCGCCGCUUUUUCAAAACCGGACGCCGGCAACUCGCGUCGAAUCGGGCCGGGGGGAGGCAGGCGGGCCGUUUUUUUUGUUUUUUUCGGGGAUGCUACGCGGGCACAAGAAGAAGAGGAAGAGGAGGAGGACCCGCGAGCGAGACGCAGAAGGCGCGCGGCCGACGCUCGGCAGCUUUCCUCGUCGGGUUUGAAGUUUCGCGGUUGUCGGGAGCGAUGGCGGCUCGGAGCCGGAGAGCUUGGUUCGGCGUCCUGCUGGGUCUGGUGCUGGGCUUCACGCUGGCCUCGAGGCUCAUCCUGCCCAAGGCCGCCGAGCUCGCCAAGGCCAACCCGGGCGGCUGCGGCCUCGGCGUGGGACGCGCCGUCGCCGGAGUCCCGCGGUCGCCGCGCGACGACGACGGCUCGCCGGCCGCGGAGACGCCGGCCGCGGGGGUGCCCGGGGCCGCGAGCUCCGCUAACUUCCUGUUCGUGGGCGUCAUGACCGCGCAGAAGUACCUCAACAGCCGCGCCGUGGCCGCGCACAGAACGUGGGCCCGCAGCAUCCCGGGCCGGGUGGAGUUCUUCUCCAGCGAGGGCUCGGACGCGUCGGCGCCCGUGCCGCUGGUGGCGCUGAGCGGCGUGGACGACUCGUACCCGCCGCAGAAGAAGUCCUUCAUGAUGCUCAAGUACAUGCACGACCACUACCUGGAGCGCUACGAGUGGUUCAUGCGGGCCGACGACGACGUCUACGUCAAGGGCCGGCGCCUGGAGGAGUUCCUGCGCCGGCUCAACAGCAGCGCGCCCGUCUUCCUGGGCCAGACGGGCAUGGGCGCCCGCGACGAGCUGGGCAAGCUGGCGCUGGAGCCCGGCCAGAACUUCUGCAUGGGCGGGCCCGGCGUCAUCAUGAGCCGCGAGGUCCUGCGCCGCGUGGUGCCGCACCUGCGCCAGUGCCUGCGCCAGAUGUACACCACGCACGAGGACGUGGAGGUGGGACGCUGCGUGCGGCGCUUCGCCGGGGUCCAGUGCGUGUGGUCCUACGAGAUGCAGCAGCUGUUCUACGAGAACUACGAGCCCGACAAGACGGGCUUCAUCCGCAAGCUGCGCAGCAGCAAGAUUCACCGGGCCAUCACGCUGCACCCCAACAAGAACCCGGCCCACCAGUACCGGCUGCACGCCUACCUGCUGAGCCGGCGCGCGGCGGCGCUGCGCCUCCGCAGCGUGCGCCUCCACCGCGAGCUGGUCCAGAUGGGGCGCCUGGGCGCCGCCGAGCCGGGCCGCCGGGACCGGCGGCUGGGGGCGCCGCCCUCCUUGAGCAGGUUUCACCCCCGCCGCCGCCGCGACGUCCCCGAGUGGGACUUCCUGAGCGCCAGGCACCUCUUCUCCGCUCGGGACGGGGAGCCGCCCCGCCGCGGGACCGACGCGGCGCAGCGCCGGGCCCUGGACGACAUCGUCAUGCAGGUGAUGGAGACCAUCAACGCCAACGGCGAGAAGCGCGGGCGCGUCAUCGACUUUGAGGAGAUCCGCUACGGCUACCGGCGGGUGAACCCGCUGUACGGCGCCGAGUACGUGCUGGACCUGCUGCUGCUCUACAAGAAGCACAAAGGCAAGAGCGUGACGGUGCCGGUGCGCCGGCACGCUUACCUGCAGCAGAGCUUCAGCCGCAUCCAGUUCCGCGAGGAGCGGCCCACCGACGCCGCCGCUCUCCAGCGCGCCUCCGACCCGCUCUCCUUCCUCAAGAUGCUGGUCCCCUUCCGGCCGGCGGCGGCGGCGGCGAGCGCCGGGCGUGCGGACGGCCGGGAGGAGAAAGUCAACAUCCUGGUCCCGCUGUCGGGCCGCUACGAGGUCUUUGCCCGCUUCAUGGCCAACGUGGAGCGCGUGUGCCUGAUCCCCGAGCGCAACGUCAAGCUGCUGGUGCUGCUGUUCAGCGCCGGCAACGCCAGCGAGCGGGUCCGGCAGGUGGAGCUGAUGCGCGACUAUCACAUCAAGUACCCGCGGGCCGAGCUGGAGGUGAAAGCCGUGGCCGGCCCCUUCUCGCGGGCGCUGGCGCUGGAGGCGGGCACGGCGCGCUUCCCCGACGCCUCGCUGCUCUUCUACUGCGACGUGGACCUGCUGUUCACCGCCGACUUCCUGCAGCGCUGCAGGGCCAACGCGGCGGCGGGCCGCUCCGCCUACUUCCCGGUGGUCUUCAGCCAGUACGACCCCCGGGUGGCGUCCGGCGCUGGCGCCGACCUCUUCGCCUUGAGCGCCGGCGCCGGCCUGUGGAGGAACUUUGGCUUCGGCGUGGUGUGCGCCCACAAGGGGGACCUGGCGCGCGCCGGCGGCUUGGACACCUCCAUCCGGGGCUGGGGCCUGGAGGACGUGGACCUGUUUGACAAGUUCCUGCGCUCGGGCGGCGCCGCGCCCUUCCGCGGCCGCGACCCGGGCGUGGUGCACGCGCAUCACCCGGUGGCCUGCGACCCCGAGCUGCGGCCCAGGCAGUACAAGAUGUGCUUGGGCUCGCGGGCGUCCUCGCGGGGCUCCGUCCUCCAGCUGGCCCGGCUCUGGCUGGACAAGAACCGCGCCGGCCCCGCGCCGCCCGUCAACGCCUCGCUGCGGACGGCCUGACGCGCCCCCGUCAUUGGACUUUCUUUGGCUGCGUUCGGGGCCUUUUGCCGCCGGGCGCAAACGCGACUCGCCUCCCGCGGCGCUCGGCCAUCCUCUUUUGCCAACUCUCGCUCGGGUGAAGUGACGCGCUUGUCGUCGCUGGCCAAAUGCGCACGCGCGCAGCCGCUUUGGAUUUUCAACCUGUGGUUCUAAGCGCCGGCGGAUGUCGUCGUCCGUUUUUUCCGGGCCCUCGACAACGGCUGAAUCUAAUUGAUUGACUUUGACAACUCACCAAAGACCCCCCCCCCUGGCGCACACAAGGAGACGCUUGCGAAACACUCGGUUGUUGAGUCAACGUCGCCGUCUCAGGCGGGCCCCACAGUCGCAAAGUUGAGCGGGAACUCUGGCAAGGGGGGAGGGAGGGGGGCCCAUGUGUGACGACGGAAUGACGUCUUUCUGGUUUUGAUUUGGUGUUUGAUUCUCCUUCGACUCUGUCCGAGUGGAAUGUUUUUCUAUUCAAGAAAUAAAGCGGGGAGGGAAACGUUUGAGGGUUUGCCUUGUCGCGUUGGACAAAACGUUCCUGAAAAUUCCAUCGGCGACAAAAGCGGCCGUUGCCUUACUGCGGCGCUUUCACGACAGCCGCAGCUGUAACGCCGCGCUUGGAUUCGUAGCGUCUGUUGACAAAAGAUGUCUUCAUUUUUCCUGUCCCGCGUCAAUCCGUUUCCAUUCCAAGCGG